AUGGCGUAUUUCUUAUGGACAUCUACUGAGUUUGGGUUCACAUCAUGCUUCCACGAAAAUUUGCCUCUGAUACUGACAAGGGUUUUCCUUGGGGUAGCCCUACAGAUCCUAUGCAGUUACAUUACCUUCCCUCUUUAUGCUUUGAUUACACAAAUGGGAUCUCACAUGAAGAAAGCAAUUUUCGAGGAGCAAACGGCAAAGGCUCUUAAGAAUUGGCAGAAGGCUGCAAAGCAGAGAAAGAAGUUGAGGAAAGCAGGUGAUGCUUCUUCCUCAGGGUUUGUAAGUGGGGAAAAUACGCCAAGCCAGGGUUCAUCCCCACUGCAUUUGCUUCACAACCAAAAGCACAGGUCCAAUCAAUCCGACCUCGAAAGCGUCCUUAAUUCCCCUAGAUCGGCAUCUUAUCAAUCUGACACUGAUCUCUCGGAGAGGGAGGGCACCGCACAUGAUGGGAAUGGUAUAAGAUCAGAAGAUCAACCUGCAGCACUAAGGAGAGAAGGAUCGCAUAGCGUUGAUUUUUCAUUGUUAAGCCUUGAUUUUUUAUUUUUUAUCCUUAGCAAACUCUAA